AUGUUGUCAUCCAUCUUCGCCUUAGGUCUCUUACCCCUGGCCGCCCAAGCGGUGCCCACGCCGGACGCUCCGGGUGUCCCAAGCAGUUCAUUCCAGCUGUAUGCGUAUGGCGAGGGCUUCGGUGGCCUGUCAGUUUUCUACUGGAAUGGCCUCGCGUAUUUGGGCGACGCCUCUCUCGCCAACGACACCGAGGCUGCCGCAGUCCUAUGCAAGAGCAGCAGUGAUUCCACCAGCAUGGUUGGGAUCCCAGUGACCACCCCUGGCCAGGCGACCCCGUCUUGGUCUGGCGUUACAUACUAUAUCCCCAGCGACACUGCAACAACUCACCAGACAGGUUUCGUCUCUGGUGAGGCGACUACCGAGGACCUGACAACCGGGUUUGUCUUCUAUGGCAACACAGCUGCCUGGGCGACCAGCAGUGGGAAGCUCCAAACUAAGUGGUUUGCCACGCCGUACGAAAAUACCAACAUCUGGCUCCUCAACUGGGAUCCUAGCACCGACAGCUCAGACAACAAGGUCCAGGUGACGCUCAGGAGUGUAACGCCAUCGACCCCUCCACCUAACCCGCCCGGGCCUGGUAACCCUGGCAGGAGCACCGACAGCCAGAAGCCUCACCCGGCGUCAUGA